AUGCCGGUGAUGAAAGGAUUAUUGGCGCCCCAGAACACCUUCCUGGACACCAUCGCCACUCGUUUUGAUGGAACACAUAGCAAUUUCAUCCUGGCUAAUGCACAAGUGGCAAAAGGCUUUCCCAUAGUCUACUGUUCGGAUGGCUUCUGCGAGCUUGCUGGAUUUGCCCGAACUGAAGUCAUGCAGAAGAGUUGUAGCUGCAAGUUUUUAUUUGGGGUUGAAACCAAUGAGCAACUGAUGCUUCAAAUAGAAAAGUCACUGGAGGAAAAGACAGAAUUCAAAGGAGAAAUUAUGUUCUAUAAGAAGAAUGGGUCACCAUUUUGGUGCCUACUGGAUAUAGUUCCUAUAAAGAAUGAGAAAGGAGAUGUGGUACUUUUUCUGGCUUCUUUCAAAGAUAUAACAGAUACAAAAGUGAAGAUUACUCCAGAAGAUAAAAAAGAAGACAAAGCCAAAGGAAGGUCGAGAGCAGGCACCCACUUUGAGUCAGCCCGGAGAAGAAGCCGAGCGGUCCUUUAUCACAUCUCCGGACACCUGCAAAGAAGAGAAAAGAACAAAUUGAAAAUAAAUAAUAAUGUUUUUGUGGAUAAACCAGCAUUUCCAGAAUAUAAAGUUUCUGAUGCAAAAAAGUCCAAAUUCAUCCUUUUGCAUUUUAGCACUUUUAAAGCUGGCUGGGACUGGCUUAUUUUGUUGGCGACGUUUUAUGUAGCCGUGACUGUCCCUUACAACGUUUGUUUCAUUGGCAAUGAUGACCUGUCCACAACUCGGAGCACGACAGUCAGUGACAUCGCAGUGGAGAUCCUUUUUAUUAUAGAUAUUAUUUUAAAUUUCCGAACAACCUAUGUCAGCAAGUCUGGCCAAGUUAUCUUUGAAGCAAGGUCAAUUUGCAUCCAUUAUGUCACAACUUGGUUCAUCAUUGAUUUAAUCGCUGCCCUGCCAUUUGAUCUCCUGUAUGCCUUCAAUGUCACAGUGGUGUCUCUGGUGCAUCUGCUUAAGACAGUAAGGCUGCUGCGCCUUUUGCGUCUCCUGCAGAAGCUGGACCGUUACUCCCAGCACAGCACAAUCGUCCUGACACUGCUCAUGUCCAUGUUCGCCCUCCUUGCCCACUGGAUGGCGUGUAUCUGGUAUGUCAUUGGAAAAAUGGAGAGGGAAGACAACCGCCUUCUCAAGUGGGAAGUUGGUUGGCUCCAUGAGUUGGGAAAGAGACUGGAGUCUCCAUACUAUGGGAACAACACCCUGGGUGGCCCCUCCAUCCGCAGCGCCUACAUUGCUGCCCUGUACUUCACCCUGAGCAGCCUCACCAGUGUUGGCUUUGGGAACGUCUCCGCCAACACAGAUGCCGAGAAGAUCUUCUCCAUAUGCACCAUGCUCAUUGGUGCCUUGAUGCAUGCCUUGGUGUUUGGAAAUGUGACAGCAAUCAUACAGAGGAUGUACUCCCGGUGGUCACUCUAUCAUACCAGAACCAAGGAUCUGAAAGACUUCAUCCGUGUCCAUCACCUGCCCCAGCAGCUCAAGCAGCGGAUGCUCGAGUAUUUUCAAACAACCUGGUCAGUCAACAAUGGAAUAGAUUCCAAUGAGCUGUUGAAAGACUUUCCUGAUGAGCUCCGUUCUGACAUCACCAUGCAUUUGAACAAGGAGAUAUUACAGUUGUCCCUGUUUGAAUGUGCCAGCCGAGGCUGCCUCCGGUCUCUGUCUCUGCACAUCAAGACCUCGUUCUGUGCUCCGGGCGAAUAUCUGCUUCGUCAAGGGGAUGCUUUGCAGGCCAUCUACUUCGUAUGCUCAGGCUCCAUGGAGGUUCUUAAGGACAGCAUGGUGCUGGCCAUUCUUGGGAAAGGAGAUUUAAUUGGUGCAAACCUAUCAAUUAAGGACCAAGUGAUCAAGACCAAUGCAGAUGUGAAGGCUUUAACCUACUGCGAUCUCCAGUGCAUCAUCCUCAAAGGACUCUUUGAAGUGCUAGACCUUUACCCAGAAUAUGCUCACAAAUUCGUGGAAGACAUUCAGCAUGACCUCACAUAUAACCUUCGAGAAGGUCACGAGAGUGAUGUAAGUCUCAUUUCUAAUUAUGGCACUGUAGCUCAAUCAGAGCCGAAGGGAAAUGGCAGCAUCAACAAAAGACUACCAUCCAUCGUGGAAGAUGAAGAAGAGGAGGAGGGAGAGGAAGAAGAAACAGCCUCCCUCUCUCCCAUCUAUACAAGGAGAUCCUCCUCUUCACUCAGCAAGAAAAUUGGAAGCAAUAAAAGCUACCUAGGAUUAAGCUUAAAGCAACUGGCCUCAGGGACAGUGCCAUUUCAUUCACCUAUCCGAGUCUCCAGUUCAAAUUCCCCACAAACCAAGCAGGAAGUCGAGCUCCCUAACCAUGGUAAAAAGAAAGAAAAGAACUUGAAAUUACAACUUUCCACUUUGAAUAGUACCGGACCUCCAGAUCUCAGUCCAAGAAUUGUUGAUGGAAUCGAAGAUGGAAACAGCAGUGAAGAAAGUCAAACUUUUGACUUUACCUCAGAGCGAAUUAGAUCAGAGCCCAGAAUUUCUCCUCCUCUUGGAGACCCAGAAAUUGGAGCUGCUGUCCUCUUCAUCAAAGCAGAGGAGACCAAACAGCAGAUAAACAAGCUCAACAGUGAGGUAACAACUCUGACACAGGAGGUCUCCCAAUUGGGUCGAGACAUGAGGAAUGUGAUGCAACUUCUGGAAAACGUCCUAUCACCUCAGCAAUCCACACAGUUCUGCUCCCUGCAUUCUACAUCUGUGUGCCCCUCCCAAGAGAGCUUACAGACCAGAAUAAGUUGGAGCACACACCAACCUUGCCUCCACUUGCAGACAGGUGGGGCUGCUUACACUCAAGCACAACUUUGUCGAGGUAAUGUGGCUCCCGACAUCUGGAAUGUGAAUCCUUCCUUUGUCGGGGGUAGCCCUCCACGAACUGAAGCUCAUGAGCCUAGCCCUGUGGGGAGUGAACUUCUUCAUUCUCCAAACCUUGAUUAUUCACCUUCCCACUACCAGGUUGUCCAAGAAGGUCAUCUGCAAUUUUUAAGGUGCAUCUCCCCGCAUUCAGAUAUGACCCUGACGCCUUUGCAGUCCAUUUCAGCCACUCUCUCAUCCUCUCUCUGUUCUUCUUCUGAAACGUCCUUGCACCUGGUUCUCCCAAGCAGAUCAGAGGAGGGCAGCUUCAGUCAUGGACCUGUAACUUCUUUCAGUCUGGAAAACUUGCCGGGUUCUUGGGAUCAAGAAGGCAUGGCAUCCGUCUCCAGCAAACCCUUGGAGAACUUUCCCCUGGAAGUUGUCACAAGCACAGCAGAAACCACAGACAACAAAGCCAUAGAUGUAUGA